AUGUCGAAUUCUCUCGUGUUUAUCACUGGUGGAACUGGAUUCAUUGGCGCACAUACUGUUGGAGCAUUACUUGAAGCUAGGUACCGUGUGCGUCUGAGUAUACGAAGGCCAGAACAAGAUGCAAUUGUCAAGAAGCGGUAUCCGAAAUUCGCAUCAGCUAUCGAAACUAUAUUGAUAAAGGAUUUCUCCGAUCAAGAGUCGUUCGAACAUGCUCUAGCUGGAGCUGAACAUGUCAUCCAUCUCGCAACACCUAUGCCUGAUCGUUCUGGCACAGACGUUCGCAAGGACUUUGCCGAGCCAGCGGUCAAUGCAACUCUUGCAAUCCUCGAAGCUGCGUUGGAUUUUCCGCAGAUCAAGAAGGUGAUUAUCAUGUCCUCAGUUGUCGCACUGCUUCCUAUAUCCGUCUUAACGAGACCUGACUUAGAGUAUGAGGUGAAGGACAAUACUGGCAAGGUCAUCUCUGUCGACCUUGAUGCUGAGUUCCCUCCAGGCCCUGCGGGGCAGAUGGUCAAAUACUGUGCGUCUAAGAUUGUCGCCCAUCAAGCAACGCGUAAUUUCGUCAAGGAAAGGAAGCCUGAUUAUACACUGAUCACACUUCAUCCAACCUACGUUAUGGGUCAUGAUAUCACCCGGGAAACAGCACAAGGCGUGGGCGGGAUUAAUGCUCUCCUGUGUAAGUCACUUGCCUCAGAGAAGCCGCUGCUCGGCACAUCUUGGGUUCAUGUCCAGGACGUUGCGGAUGCGCACGUCAAGGCCUUACAUGUGAAUGUCGAACAUGGGAAGGAGUUCCUCCUUUCAAGCCCAUCAUUUCCAUGGGAAGACGCGAUAGAGUACAUCCGGGAGAAUUUUCCUGGCUUGGAGGUCAAACUAGUGCCUCCAUUUAGAGGCAAAUGGAAAGUCGACGUGACUGGUGCCGAAACUGUCCUCGGUCUUAUAUGGAGGCCCAAAGAAUUGAUUCUUCACGAUGUCAUUGGGCAGCAACUUGCCCUUGGAAAUAAGUUCCAUAGAAUGUAA